UAUGUACAUACAUAUAUGUACAUACAUAUGUAGUACCCGCCUUUGUGUGGGGUUAGUUAAUUAGCGAGUAUCCAUAAAAGAAAUAUCUGGCAAGGCUAAUCAUUCAGCCUCCUUCACAUUCAUCAAUUAGUACAUGUAUUCCUUCCGCACACAUGUGCAUACAUGUACAUCAAUGCUAUCUAUUACUGAGCUUCAUAUAUGAGAUACCAAGUACACUAACUAGUCACUAGGCUGGGCUAUUUAGUCUGUUGUGCUCUAGUACUAGAUGCCUUAAUCUAGUCUCACUCACUCAAGAAGAUACAUUUCGGUCUUAAUACAUCAAUAUUGUAUUCAAUUAUUCCAACCCUGCGUAUUCUUAUCGAGCAGUCCCUCCUCUCACACAUCCUCUUGAGUUUCAUUGCCUCAACCAACACUACUAGACGCCAUGGACACCAUGGAUCUCGAUGUCGAGAUGGACGUGGAUGUGGACCUUAUUCCGGACGAGCCUAUUAUCCCCGACCUCGAGUUGCAAGAUACACAGGGCAAUCUUUCACCAGGGGAAAUUGACGACCUAGAGAAUAAUGAAGAUGAUGUCAUACCUAACAAGGUCCAUAUCAGAGGCCUCGAUAUAAUGAACACGGACGAGGUUAAGGAUUACGUUACAGAACACUUCCCAGAGGCGUCGGUGGAGAAAAUAGAAUGGAUAGAUGAUUCCUCAGCCAAUGUACUGUUCAGUUCUGACUCGGCUGCCACCCACGCUCUCAGCUCCUUAGCCGCCCAGGAUAUCCAUGACAUUUCCCAACUACCUAUGCGAAAACUGAACCUCGCCAAACCAUUCUCCAGAAAACCAGAAGUCGCGUUGCAAGUGCGACUCGCGGUCACAUCUGAUAAGAAACAAGCGGGCGCUGCAUCAAGGAGUCGAUUUUAUCUUCUAAAUCCUAGGUAUGACCCAGAGGAGCGGCGGCGGCGGAAUGACAGUCGAAAGUAUCGCGAGCGAGACCGCGACAGCUAUAGUCACCGACGAGAAUUUGAGGACCAAUUCGACGUCAGUCUAUAUGACGACGAUGAAGCAACAUUAGCUACUCGCGCAGCACACUCGCGGCCUCGCCGCAAGCGAUCUCACACACCAGAAACCUACCAGGCUAAUCGCGAGAGGAACUCACAUCGAAAUGAUAAUCGCAGCAAGGAGUUGUUUCCUGGUGUCCUAGACAAUAGGAAAGGAUCCCACCGGGCUCGGUCCGCUUCCCCUAUGCGCGAUGGAGGUGGUGACCGAGAUGUGGGUGAGAUUUGGGCGGGUGGAUCGGCGGCUCAUAAUCAUGACACAGCACGGACAAAUAAAAAACGUCCAUCUCGUAGCAACCCAAGUAGAGAGCUCUUCCCGGAAAGUUCAGCCGCAGGAGCUGGACGUCUAGGGGAUAAUGUGGAAGACACGGCGACUCUCCUAGCCAAAGGUAUCAUGCUGCCCCUGAUGGAUGAGAGCAGCGAUGCACCGGUAUUCGUCAGUCAGAGGCUUGAGGAUCGAAUCACGGUUCCGGGUAGAGAGGCGUCGGCUAGCAGAGUGUCGAGCGUGGGCGACAGGCCCGGGUCAGGUUUCAACAUCCGUGGCACAGCGUCCCAACGGGGCACAGGCCAAGGAUUUGCGAUAAAGGGUAGCGCUAACAAAUCAGCAAAGGAAUUAUUUCCCGAGAAACUAGGUAUCAAUUCGGAGAAGGAACUAUUUGCGGACAGGCUGGAGGGUAGAUCGAGACAGCGGCAGAGAGCGGGUGACUUAUUUGACUAAUGCAAAGGCA